AUGAUUUUUUUAUUAAAAAAUUUUAUUACAUUAAAAACAUUAAAAACUUUUUAUUUAGAAUAUUAUAAAACUUUAAUAUAUUAUUUAAUAUCUUCUAUUAAAAAUUAUUUAGGAGAUGAAUUUUAUAUUUAUUUUAAUAAAUGUAAAUAUAAUAUUUAUAUUUUAAAUGAUUUAUUAUUUUUUAAAACAACUAAUUUAACUAGUCAAAAUAUAGAUAUUAUACAAAAUUUUAAUUCUAAAAUUUUAAUAUUUUUACCUUUAAAAAUAUAUAAUUUAAAUAGAAAUAAGUAUAAACUUAUUUAUUAUUUAAUAGGUGAGGUACCAAAAUAUACUGCUGAAAAAAAUUUAAUUAUAAAUGGAUUAAAAAAAACAUUUAUUUCUAAAUUAAUGUUUAAUUAUAUUGGUAUAUUUUUUAAUAGUUUCAUUAAAAAUUCUAAUUUUAUUAUAUAUGCAAAAAUAAUAUUUAAUAAAAUAUUUAUUAUUAACUUAGUAUUAGAAAAAGAUCAAUGUUUUUGUAUUAUUAAUAAUUAUAAAAUUAAUUUAAUUUCUUUUUUAUAUUUAUUAGGUAUUUCUAUACAAGAUAUUCUUAUCUAUUCACGUUAUAAUAAAUCUUUCUAUUUAAAAAAAUUAUUGUUAAAUUCUCAGAUAGAUACAAAUAUUAUUAACUCAGAAUUAUAUUCUUUUAUUUCCUUUUUUUUUAAUAUAUCUUUUAAAUUAAAUACAUAUUCUAUUUUUGGAAAUAUUUUAAAUAAAAAUUAUAUACAGAUAAAUAAUUUUUUUUCUAAUAUAAAAAAUUUUAUAGUAUUAGAUUUUAUUUCUAUAUUAGAUAUAUUAUUAGAUAUUAAAUAUAAUAAAAAAACUUUAUCAGAAAUAGAUAAAGUAGAAUUUCGUUCAAUUUCUACUUUAGGUAAUUAUUUUUCAACUCAAUAUUCUUAUUUUUUAAAUAAAUUUUCAAAAUUAUUACGUAAUGAUAUAUAUAAAUAUAUACAUACUAAUUUAAAUAGAAAUAAUACUACUAAUUAUUUUAAAUCUAAUAUAUACUUUAAUUUAAAAGAAUAUUUAACAAUUAAUCCAUUAAUACAAUAUUUAGAACAAAUUAAUAGUUUUUCUGAAAUUAUACAUAAAAAUAGAGUUACUAAUUAUAAUUCUAAAUUACAACAAAAUUUACAAGUAAGAAAUAUUAAUUUAAAUCAAAUAGGUUCUUUAUGUCUAAUAGAUACUACAGAGGGGAUAAAUUGUGGAUUAGUUAUAAGUUUUACUAAAAAUAUUAAGCUUGAAAAAAAAAAUAAUAUUCAAUUUCCAUAUCAAUCUAUAAAUAAUAUAAAAACAAAAAAUUUUAUUACGUUUAUAAAUUCAUUUAAUCGCCAAACAUAUAUUGUUUUAUUUAAUAAUUAUUAUUUAAGAAAAAAUAAAAUUUUUAAUUUAUUUUAUUUAGGACUUAGUAAAAAUUCAUUUAAAAUUAAAAAUAUUUUUAUAAAAAAUAUUAUAUAUAUAAAACCUAUGGAUCUUUUUUCAUAUGCUGAAAAUUUAAUUCCUUUUUUAUUUUAUAAUGAUCCUGCAAGAGGAUUAAUGGGUGCAAAAAUGCAAUCACAAAUUGUACCUACAUUAAAACAUAAAAAAUCAAUUAUAAUUACUGGAUUUGAAAAAAAUCUAUUAAAUUAUAAUACUUUAAGUAUAAAAGCAUAUCAAGAAGGAAUUGUUAUUUAUGUUUCUUCAUAUAAAAUAAUUAUUAGAGAUAUAUACAAUAGAAAAAUUAUAUAUUAUUUAGAUAAAUAUAAACGUAGUAAUUAUUUUACUAUAUUACAUUCUAAGCCACAUGUAUGGCAAGGAGAAAGAGUUUUUUGUGGCCAACCUCUUAGUUCUACACAAGAUAUAUUAUAUUCUGAAUUUACAGCUGGAAAUAAUUUAUUAGUUUCUUAUGGAAAUUUUUUUGGAUAUAAUUUUGAAGAUGCUAUAGUUAUAAAUAAAAAAAUAGUAUAUUCACAAUUAUUUACUUCUCUUCAUUUUAAAAUAUAUGAAGUUAUGUUUACUUGUAUAGAUAGAGAAACAUUUGAAAUUUCUAGUAUUAAUAUACCUAAAAAAAGUUUUUUUAGUAAAAGAAAUUUAGAUUUUUUUGGAAUUAUAAAAGAAGGAUCAAAAGUAUUAAAUAAUGAUAUUUUAGUAUCUAAAUUACUUAUACGUAAUAUAAAUAUAUAUAAUUUACCUUUAUUUAAUUUAAUUUCUAUUUUAUUUGGACAACAUUUAAGAAAUAUUAAAAAUAAAUCAACAAUAGUUUCUUUUGGAAAUUCAGGCAGAGUUAUUAAAACUGAAAUAUUUUCUUCUCCAUCUAAUUUUAAUUCUUAUACAGGAUUUUAUUUAAAAUGUAGAAUAUAUAUAUGUAAUCAAAGAAUAUUAUCAGUAGGUGAUAAAUUAUGUGGUCGUCAUGGAAAUAAAGGAGUAGUAGCAUAUAUUUCAGCUACAAAUAAUUUACCAUAUACUACUGGAUUAAUUCCAGAUAUUAUAACUGAUGCUUUAGGAAUUCCUUCAAGAAUGAAUAUUGGUCAAGUUUUUGAAAAUUUAUUUGGAUUAGGAUGCUUUUUUACAAAUACACGAAUGUAUAUUAGUAAUACAUUUAAUUUACCUAAAUUUUAUAUAAAAACAUUAUUGUAUAAUUAUUUAAAUAAAUUAAAAGAAAAAACUGGUAAUUUAUUUUUAUAUAAUUCAUAUAUUCCAGGACAAAUAUUAUUAAGAGAUGGAAGAACAGGAUAUAAAUUAUUAGAAUCGUCUUUUUUAGGAGUUUCUAAAUAUUCUAAAUUAAUACAUAUGGUAAAAGAUAAAAUACAUUAUAGAACUGUAGGUCCUUAUACUGAAUUAAUGCAACAACCUGUUAAAGGUAGAAAAAAAAUAGGAGGACAAAGAUUUGGAGAGAUGGAAAUAUGAGCUAUGGAAGCUUAUGGCAGUUCAUAUAAUUUAAGAGAAAUUUUAAAUUAUAAAUCAGAUGAUAUUUGUGCUAGAUCUUCAUUAUUAUCUAAUAUAACUAAUAAUACUAACUUAGAAAAUAUUACUAUACCUGAAUCUUUUCGUACUCUUAUUAGAGAAAUUCAUAGUAUGAAUUUAAAUAUUGAAGCUUUUACUAGUAUAGAUCAAUUAGAAGGACAAACAUUAUCUGUUAAUAUAAAUUUUUAG